CUCUUUUAAUUUUGCUUCAAAUAUACAAAUGUAACCUCUUAACGGUACUACUAGAAAAAGAUGGGACUCCACCCAGUCUCAGAGGCUAAUACCUCAAGCCCCUUUGGCUCUCUAUCCGCUGCAGAAUUCUACUCCCGCCACUCCGUCGCCCACUCCUCCGCCUACGUCACCAACCCUACCGGCCUUAAACUCUUCACCCAAUGGUGGACUCCACUCAACCGUCCACCACUCGGCCUCAUUGCCGUCGUCCACGGCUUCACUGGCGAAUCCAGCUGGUUCCUUCAACUAACCUCCGUCCUCUUUGCCAAAUCCGGUUACCUCACUUGUGCCAUUGACCACCAAGGCCACGGCUUCUCAGAUGGUUUAACCGCUCACAUCCCAAAUAUAAACCUCAUCGUCGACGACUGCAUUUCCUUCUUCGAUGACUUCCGUAACCGUCACUCAACCUCUUCCUCUCUCCCUUCCUUCCUCUACUCCGAGUCUCUAGGUGGCGCUAUCGCUCUCUACAUUACCCUCCGUCAAAAACACCAAUGGAACGGUCUUAUACUCAGCGGUGGAAUGUGUUCCAUCAGCCACAAAUUCAAACCUCCGUGGCCGUUACAACACCUCUUAACCCUAGCUGCUACUCUCAUCCCCACCUGGCGUGUUGUCCCCACUCGCGGCUCCAUCGCUGGCGUCUCUUUCAAGGAGCCCUGGAAGCGGAAACUUGCCUUUGCUAACCCUAACAGAACCGUAGGUCGACCACGAGCCGCCACAGCCUACGAGCUCGUACGAGUCUGCGAGGAACUUCAAAGUAGGUUUGAAGAAGUUGAAGUCCCGUUAAUGAUCGUACACGGCGGAGACGACGUCGUCUGUGAUCCGGCCUCUGUCGAGGAGCUUUACCGUAGAUGCAGUAGCAAAGACAAGACGAUUAAGAUUUAUCCAGGAAUGUGGCAUCAGCUGAUUGGAGAGUCGGAAGAGAACGUCGACUUGGUUUUCAGAGAUGUUUUGAAUUGGAUUAAGGAACGAUCUGAAGUCUCCACCAUUGAAAUUGGUAGCAAAGCUUAAAAUCUCCGGCUAAAAUGUAGACGAUCUUAGUUUUCAUACAUACUUACAAAAUAAAUAAUCAAAUUUUUAUAUUAGUAAACAAAUCCGAGAAUUUUGUAUUUCGA